AUGAGUGGUGGAUAUGUCAUUGUGUGUGGUGGAUAUGUCAUUGUGAGUGGUGGAUAUGUCAUUGUGGGUGAUGGAUAUGUCAUUGUGGAUAGUGGAUAUGUCAUUGUGGGUGGUGGAUUUGUCAUUGUGGGUGGUGGAUAUGUCAUUAUGGGUGGUGGAUUUGUCAUUGUGGGUGGUGGAUAUGUCAUUGUGGGGGGUGGAUAUGUAAUUGUGGGUGGUGGAUAUGUCACUCUGAGUGGUGGAUAUAUCACUGUGAGUGGUGAAUAUGUCAUUGUGGGUGGUGGAUAUGUCAUUGUGGGUGGUGGAUAUGUCAUUGUGGGUGGUAUAUUAAUUGGAGAGAAAUUUCUCGGAAACAAUAGUAGCAUUUCCUCAAGUCGAAUGUACAAUGCCACCACCUGUAUUUACAGGCAUUUAUCUACUGUGAUAAUCCACAGGGUUUAUUGUUGCUUCCCUAAGAGGUUGCUUCCUCUGUUUAAUGCAUAUCGCAUCUUCUGUAAAGAAAUAGCCGGCCUAUAUUCAGUUACCAAUCAUGUCAUGCUUUGGACUGGCUUAUCGCCAAGUACGUUUCUAACUGUGUACCUCAGUAAAGUCUGGUUAAACUCAAAUCAGUCAUCAUUCUGA